AUGGGCACAACUACAUCCCACGAGUUUGACACACGAAAUCACCCUGUGUUGUUGCUUUUUGCUGCCCUGAAGCACCCCCUGAUAUCCCUCCUUCCUUAUCUCUCAUUGCUGACAGUGCUGUGUUCAGAGAAGGAGUUCCAUGAUGCUGCACGGAGGAACGACACAGGGAAAAUGCAGGAACUCAUCAAGAAGGGCGUUAACGUCAAAGCCAAAAACAAAAUUGACCGUAAGGCCCUGCACUGGGCAGCCGGAGCGGGGAGCGAACAGGCUCUGCAGAUGCUUCUGGAACACGACACUGAAGUGAACGAGAGGGACUCGUUUGGCAUGACCGCUCUGCUCCUCGCCUCCUGGUUUGGUCACCUUAAAGUCCUGCAGAUCCUGGUGUCCUGUGGAGCAAAGCUCAACAGUGAGAACAAAGAUGGUCUCAGUAUGCUGCACUGUGCUGCCCAGCGAGGCCACAUCAAAGUAUUGGAGUUCAUCAUGGAGGACCUUGAGGACAUCCGGCUGGACCGAGUUGACAAGUCCAAACAGAAGAACUCCAGAUUCUCGGUCACGCAAGACUUUGAACCAAAGAGCAGGUAA